AACUGGCCCCUGGGUUGGCCUAAAGGUGGUUACCCCGAGGACAUACAUCUGCCACAUGUGUUGUAUCACUCGGCUGUCGGUGCGAACAAACAGUUCGGUAGGGAUGUGAUGGACGCCCACUUCAGAGCCUGUCUGUACGCCGGGGUUAAUAUUAGCGGUGAAAAUGCUGAGGCUAUGCCUUCUCAGUGGGAGUACCAGGUUAGUUUUGUUGUAAUUAAUGUGGGUCCCUGUGAGGGCAUUAGUAUUGGCGACGACGUAAUGAUGUCCCGAUACCUACUUCACAGAGUGGCCGAAGACCUGCACAUUGGCGUAAGCUUUGACCCGAAACCCGUACCCAACUGGUUGGGCGCCGGCGCUCACAUGAACUUCAGUACAGAGAAAAUGCGUGCAAAGGGAGGGCUGACGGAGAUCGAGAGGGCCAUCGAAAAGCUGAGCAAAAGGCAUGAGAAACACCUGUCCCUCUAUGACCCCCGCGGGGGCGCCGACAAUGUUAGGCGACUAACGGCAACGGGGUCUCAGUUUUACGCGUCGGAUAUGACUGAGUUCUCGUCAGGUGUGGCCAAACGUGGGGCCAGUAUUCGCAUACCUAAACGGGUGGCACAGGAGGGCAGAGGUUAUAUGGAGGACAGGCGACCCGCGUCUAACUGCGACCCAUAUAUGGUGGCCGAGGCUCUGGUCCGCACCUGUCUAUUGAAUGAGUGA